AAAACAUUUAAAUGUUUAAAUUUCAGAUAAGUUUUUGAAAAUAAUUGUCUAGUCCGACAUUUCUGUAAAAUCAUAUAUAAAGGAUUUACGAUGCACACUGAUACCAGCCUUUACGCACAGGCCGUCAAACAAGUUGUUGAUCAUUUUUCAAGGUUUACGGAGUCUAUGGUUUGGCUCCCAGAGAACAUUUUGUUUGACAUCUUCUACCAGGUUUACAAUGACCGGUCGACUCCUCAAUCCUCAGCUACACUCGCCUCCGAGCUCAGAAGUUUCGAUUUAUUUUCCAAACUGCUGAAAGUUGGAAACAGACGAGGGAAUUUACACCAGAUAAUUCAGUUCACGGCAUCAACAAAUACAAGUUUUCUCACUUCCCUUGUUCAGUCUUUGCAGAAGGGUUUGGAGGCCGGGAUAAACUUUGGAGGAUUCCUUAUGGAGGCUGGGAGGUUCCUAGAGGCUAUAAAUACAUUCAGGAUUUGUCUGACGAACGUAGAUUCACAGAAUUUGCCUGGAUUUUGGAGAGAAGAGAUACAAUGUCGUCUUCUCAAUUCUCUCUCCAAUUAUUGUUUGUUUUCUGAGGCAGAGACGGUGUUUAAUGCUCUUAAUAAUACAGUAAAAUCCAAUCCUAAUCUUCCAAAACCUCUAGUUUGCAGAAUAUUUAACCAGUUCAGUGUGUACAGUUUUCUCUGCAGUUCUUACAAUGAAUCAUUUCAGUGGUCCUUACAGGCAUUAAAAUUGAUUAGACAAAUAGGUAUCUGCAUCAUCACUAUGAAGGAGCCAGGAUUGCUCCCUGAGACGGAGCUGUGA